AUGGCGGCGGGUUGGGCAGGACUGCCAAACGACCUCCUUGUUCUUAUUGCAAAGCGUGUUAAAGUGAUGGAAGAUUACAUUGCUUUCCGUGGUGUUUGUACCUCAUGGCGAAUGGCUUCUCCCAAGGACAAUUUCAAUGUGAUUUCUCCUCAAUUUCCUUUGUUAAUGCUUCCCCAGAAAGAUGACGAUUAUCGAGAAUUCUAUUCUCUUUCCAAGGGUAAAGUCUCGCGCAAAUUGUACCUCCCCGAGGCUAAAGGCCGAGAGUGUUUCCCAUCUCAUCAGGUAGGAUGGCUUCUCACCCAAUCAUUCGAUGGAGAAAACGUUAAUUUGUUGAAUCCUUUCUCCCGUACCCAAAUUCGACUUCCUAAUCAGUUUGCCCUAAUUGAUGAAGAUGAGGAAUUUAUCGAACAAGAAGAGUAUAACUACAUCAGAAAUGCUAUUUUAUCUGCUAAUCCUUCUUUUACUUCAGAUUAUGUACUCGUCAUUGCAUAUAAUACAGAUGUUAAUCAUUUAGCCUUUUGGCGACCUGGAGAUAUCAAUUGGAAUAAAUUCCGCAUCGGUGACAGAGUAGGUGGAGUGUCCGAUAUGAUUUACUUCAAGGGCCAAUUUUAUCUUGUUACUUGGAGCGGUGCAUUAGGUAUUAUUGAUAUUCAAGGACCUAAUAGUGUUCCUCAGUCUAACGUAAUUUACCUUAACGAUGAUAACAAGUUGUUUCGACAACAUUCAACUCAGUUCUAUCUAGUUGACGUAAACGAUGCACUCUUACUUGUUGCCCGAUUUGGUAGAAGGCGUUCAAAUACUAGCAGGGCUCUCGAAACUAUUAAAUUUGAACUAUAUGAAUUAGAUGUAGUGAAAGGUAAUAUGAAAGAGAUUAACAACUUGGGAGACUCAACAAUUUUUGUGGGCUGUAAUGGAGCAACUUCUAUCGACUCCACUAAAUUUACAGGGGUGAUUAAGCCUAAUCAGAUAUAUUUUACUGAUGAUUGGUUUGAUCAAAACUAUCAUUUGGAAUGUGGCGGUGGAAAAGACAUGGGAUGUUAUAAUAUUCAAGAUGGAAAUAUUGAAUCUUUUUAUCCUGAAAUAUCACUAAGUCAUAUAUGUCCACCAACUUGGGUUAUACCAUCCUUAUGA